AGCGAGAUUUUAUAUUCUACUGGCAAAACCCGAUUGUGUAAUUCUUAAUUCGCAGGGAGAAAACCUAAAAAUAGUUUUUAACAGGCUAAACGCCUCCGAAAUUAUACACAAAAAUCCAGUUUGAGAAUUAAAAGUGUAUAAAAUAUGCCUUAUCAUAGGCCGGCAUUUUGGCAUUUCAGGGAGGGACAGCAAAAGAAAAAUGUAGCUUUCGGUUCUCCAGCACAAGGCUUACUGCAAAGGGGCGACGUCAUCAGUAAAGUUGGAAAUUACGAUUCUCGAGAUAUUGGACACGAAGACGCUCAGAAUUUGUUCCGAAAUGCCGGCAGCAACAUAAAAGUUGUAGUUCAAAGAGAAACAGCCCCGCGUCACAACGCAAGCGCAGGUUCGUCAAGGAACAGUUCCCACUACAGCCCACUCUCUGUAUCGCCAAAUCUCUCUCCUAGAGGUCCAGGAUUGAGUCCUUCAGGAUACAGUCCAGCAGGAUCAGCCCUCACUCCUGUUUACAAUGCCCCAUUAACACCAAUCGACAACAGCUACUUCGAAAUCUACGAGUAUGGCAAUAGGAGGCGACAAGAUGAAGAGGGAGAUAUUCACGUUACCAAACAGCCGUACCGUACCACCCCAUUGGUACUGCCCGGUGCCAAAGUAAAAAGAAAACCCGGACCUACCGAGAGCUACUUGCGUCACCACCCCAAUCCAAGCGUGAGGGCGCCGCCGCAUCAUCUUGAUCCUGGACACAAGGUUGCCAACACAGUACUAGAAAGAAUAGUGACCGGGGAUCCCAACAAACAGUUGGUUCACAAACAAUUCAACUCUCCAAUCAACAUGUACAGCGAGCCCAAUGUUGUCGACACUAUUCACAGGCAAACUGGAGUACAUGCUCCUGCUAAACGUACAGUAAAAUUCAAUCCGGCCGAGAGCGAAACCUAUAGGUACUUGCAAGAACAACAAUACGACGGAGGUUUCGGAGGCCAUCAAACGGUGCAAGAGGUGACACCUCCGCAGACGAAAAUUUACACCCCUACCAAGGUGUUCUCCAUCCCUCGUAGAUUGGCUCUUUAAAAAAUGUACAUUUAUGUUAAACAACCACUAGUAGUCAACCAAAACAACCCUCACUACUUGAACGCAAUCGGUACCGAUCCGGAAACAAUCCAGCAGAGCGGCUCUUUCAAAAGGCUGAUGAUGUCGGUACUUCCGGGAAGCAACUUUUAAUUUAUUUUUUGUUUUGUAUACUAUUUUAUCGAUUCGACGAAUAUUUCAAAAAUGUUCGAUUUAUUUUUAAUUGAAAUGUAUCUUUCAAGCGUAUAUUAUUAACCAUAAGCCAUUUGAGAGUCAGAAAUAUAUUUUUGAAGGGUAUUAUUUUACUUAUUUAUAGGCUGUUAUUGUUUUAUUAAGUUUUUAUUUUCAACCUAUUUUAUGAAUUCUGAGUGUAUUCUAGUCAAAAAAAAAGAAAACUAAUUAUUAGAAUUUAAGGUUUUAGUAGGAUGCACAGUUUAUUAUGUAAAGGAGGUCCUUUUAUCACAAAAAAUAACCAUAAGUAUAUUUUUGUGUUAUAUAACUAAUUAUGUACUUGAUUAUAAGAUUAUUGAGGAGUGUUGAAAAAUAAUAUAUAUUUAUGCAAAUAAAAAAAAUUAUUAUAUUUCUGUAA